AUGGCGGGCACCAGAGACAAUACCUUGGAGGGUCAGCUGACUCAUGUGAUACAGCACCAUAUAUCGCAUCCAGGAACCGAAGCUCAGGUCAGUGUGCACCAGGUACAGAGUCCAGCUGGAAGUGGAACGAAAAGACAUCAAAUAAUCAUUGAUAUUAAACAAGAUAUUGAUAUAGAUGAGCUCUCAACCAGAUCUUUAGCUGAAAGUGUUAUGGAGACGUUAGGAGCAAGAUCAGCUGCAGUAUACAUUGACAACUCACAAAUAGCUGGUGAAAAUUCUGGCGAUUUAGAGUCUUUAACGACCGUCAAUGUAAUCGUUGCAAAUGAUUUGAGUCAAGCUACACCUAGCCCGCAAGUAACAGAAGAAGCAGAUCCUCAGGUGGUGCAAGAACAGGCCGAGAGUUCAGGAAUACUGCCAGGCAAUCGUAUAGCAGUGGAUAGAAUAGUGGAAAUGACUAAUGCGAGUACCACGGGAGAGUCAACAUCGACAACCAGCUCGGUGACUACAGCAGCCAGCACAACAGCGUCAGGUACUGUUGAAAUUUCAUUCUUAAGGGUCUAUAAUACCACUGCUGUAAUACCACCUGUUAAAUUAUUUAUCGUGAAAUCAUCACAGACAAUGGUUAUUGCAAACCAAGUCAGUGCAAUUCGGUCGAAUCGUCAAGCAUAUCUAAAAUAA